UGAUAAUCCGUGUCAGUAAUCUCUUUUAACAAUUUAUUUCAGACAGACAGAUCAAACACACCAUUUGCCCCGACGUGGAGUACAGACCGCACACCUCGGUGACGCCAGUCAAUCAGCUACAUCACCUUUCACAUGCUCGUGCAUCAUCAACAAAGACGAAUGGUGUGACAGUCGGCUUCCUUUUAUAGUGUUCUGUUGUUGUUAGGGUGUUUGACUCCUGAGGUCUGUCACUAUGCAGCCUGGAGGAGCACACAAUGCUGUGUGUGGCCAGAGCCUGCUGUCCAACUCCCUUAGGGUGUAUCUGAACAACAAGAACAGACUUCAGCCCAUAAUCGGUCUGGGCUGCGUGACAGAGUGUGUGACACUCGGCAGGGACUCUGAGGCGGUGUACCUGUGUGAGGUGUGUGUGUGUCGUCUCAGUAAGGCUGAUGUCAGGAGCCACAUCAUGGGGAGUCUCCACAGAUACAAUUACAUUAAAGUCCAUCACCCUCAUUUUGUGUCAGAGUGGAAGCAGAGUCCUCCUGACCUGUCCAAGCUGGCCCGGCCUCUUAUGGAGAUGGCUCAAAUACUAGAGAAGAGAGAAGGAACCGGGGACGUACAGGUGCUGAAGUUGGAUGCUGCCAUGUAUGACCAUAUGACAACACACAGCGAGAGCGAUGCUCUCAUCCUCUUGCAUGCCAUCAGGACUGGGAGGGAGCAGAGAGAUCUUCAGAGCCAAUCAGUGAAGCAAUCCAUCCAACCAGAGAAGCCUGUUGUCCAGCUUGACAACCGAACCGUCCUAUGGAGGAGUCCGACCACCCAGAGUCGGAACUUAUCUAGCCAAUCUGAGAAGUCCCCUGUGUUGCAGCAGAGUGUCUCUAUCCAAUCACGGCUUAGUUCGUGGGAGGAGGAGGGGUUUCUCCAUGGAAGCAAGCCACUGAUUGGUUCUUCACUGAAGCGUCCUGCCUCAUCAUGGCAGCAUGACCCCUCUCUUUCCCCGACCCCAAAUGUCACAGCUGGAAGUCAGACGUCUCUGGGCGGGCCUGAGGGGAAGGGUGCGGGACUACAGGGAGUUCCUGCAAAGCUGAUUCGCUGUGAGCCGGUGUUCAAGGUCAGUCUGUCUAUGACGGACGGCCCCUGGCUGUUGGAGAGGAACUCCUUCAGCCUGGAAACUCCUUCAGCCUCCCCCUCCUCCCUCAGACACGCCUCACCCCUUCACUCCCCCACCGUAAAUGCCUCACUCCAACCCUCUCCCGCUCCCUCACGUUUGCUUGGCCAGCCGGGAAACUCGGUUGCCGCAAGACUCGGAAACACGCAUGAAAAUACACACACUCCGGGACGGACACACACUCCGGGACAUGUACUCACUUCGACUAUGAGACUGGGCCCAGCCAUACCUGAUCAGCAGCUGACUAUGGGAGACGAGGACACCGACACAGACCGUCUGUAUCUCGGCGGGGAACAGAGGUUCACUGACUAUGCUUUGUACUAUGGCAGAGAGAAAAACACAACUCACGGUCUCUACUCAGUCAACGAGCAAAACAGUACUGACAUGGUUUACCUCAGGAGAGAGCAGGACCGAACUGCCCAUCUGUAUUCAGAAAAUAACCGACUCACUGACACAAAGUUCCAUUUCCGAGUGGGGCAGAACAACCGACAAGGCAGUAUUUACCCCGGUCUAGCCUGUGCCAGAGACAUCACUGACACAGCGUCUGUUGCCGGGCCGAUUCUCUUUACUACUGGCCGUCUCUCGAAGGAGAGCUUGACAGACACUCCUCUAAUGGAAGAAGAACAGGAGGAGGAGAGGGGGAAUGAGUGUCAUUCUGGGGCACAGAGGCUUGCAGAGGAUGACAGGACAACUGACAGUCUGUACUCUACUGGAGAGAGGAUAACUGACAGUGGGUUUUCCACAGGAAGCAGGUCAACUGACAAAAUGUACCAAACAGGAGAACGAUCAACUGACAAUCAGUCUUUUACAACAGAAGUGACAACUGACCGUUGGUAUGCUACAGGAGAGGAGCUAACUGACCGUCAGUUGAUGGAGGAAGAGGAGCAAUGCAGAGCUGAAAUUCAGAAUGGAGUUGGGCUCAUUGUGGAGGUCAUGGUGGAGGAGGGGGAGAGAUGGGGAGGAAAGGAUGGAGAGAGGGAGGAGAACUCAGACUUUUACUGCCAACAGUAUUUGCAAGGCCAGCCUCCACAACGGCACCAGGCGCAGGGGUUCACAGGAACUCAUAGAGGCGCCGUAGGGCUUCAUAUGGGUGACACAGCAGAUCUCAGACAUGACAUAGCCCUUCAUAGAGAUCAGGCAGGGCCAGCCCUUCACCGAGAAGAGAUGAGCAGUUGUAUAGGUGACAUAGCAGCCAUGCAGCAGGUGCAGUUAUGUGAGGCUGAGUACAGAGAAGCAUGGGCCUACGGAGGCACACAGCUGACCCCAGACACCUAUAGAUCAGGUCCGCAGGGGUACAAGACUGACCCUGGCCCCUACCUGCCAUUCCCAGAGGGCCACAGAAUGAACUGUGACCCCUACCAAGUGGUUUCUGAUUGGUUUAGAACCACCCCUGGUCUGCACUUCGUUCACUCUAACCCUGACGAGUUUACACCCCAGGUCCUCCCGUACCCCCACAAUACACUGCCUCAGGGGAUUGGACCCCAUCCCCACUCUGGUCCCUUUCCCAUGAAGAUCGGGGGCGUGCAGCCACAGGAGUACAGAAGGCUCCCCAGCCCCCCAUUUGUUAUGGUGUCUAGACCCUGCCACCCCCAGCCCUUCUUUCCAGGACAUGGAGGGUUUCUGUCCCCCCGGCACGGCCCAGACUUCCCCCCACAGCCCUCCCCACUACAGAGGAGCCUACUUGGGCCACAGCCCUGCCCGGAGUCCCUGGGCAGCUCCAGGACCAGGACCUCCCUGGGUCUAACUACCACACAUCAUACAUAAAUCCACCAGGAUAGUUAUUUGUGGCACUUUAGACACUUUGUUGUUUUAAAUAGACAGGUGUUUUGUGCAUUUGUUUUAUACACUCUGUGGUCUAUUGUUUUUAUAGCUGUCUUAAACCAACAGAAUCCCAUCCAUUGUAUAAGUGCUGAUUUUAGGUACUUUCCCUGUCAACGUGAUUUCAUGACAUCAUACAACUGUCAACGAUUCAAUUCUGUUCCCGAUUCCGAUUUAUACAAGACUUGUUUGUUUUAAGUUGUUUGUCUGCUGCCGUCGAGUCAAGAUGGAGCUGAGAUGGAUAAAUAGACAACACGUUGAACACUGGCUAAAUUUGAUAAUAUUAUGAACUCAGUUUGUGAAACGCUGCUUCAGCGACCAACUACUUAGACAUUAUGAAGAAGGAAAAUAAUCAAUUUUUCAACAAAUAUUUUGGUUAAUGCAAAAAAAAUUCUAAAUGUAAAUAUAACCUAAGGUUUAUUUUACACAAUUAAGGGGGAUCAAUUAGGGGUUCAACAUGGACCUUUCCAGAACUGUCCAGAAGGAGUCGCUGUAUUAGUUUUCAGUUCGACCAGCUGAGGGAAGCAGAGCUGAAUAAGUUCAGAAACACAGCACUUGUUAAAGUAAACAGUUUUAUUUUCAAAUGUUUUUCACACUUGCCAUGUGUGCUUGCCUCAGGAAGUUGGGUUUAUUUCAGUGUGACAACAGCUUUGGCCAGUGUUAUAUUUUGACUUUGGUUCACACACCUUUACAUUGGCUUAACUGAGUAGAUUUAUUGAAUUAUUAGUGUUAAUUUGAAGAUUAUUCCCCAAAAAUGUUUAUGUGUAGCAGAUACGACAGACUCAGAGCCGCCUCUUCCUAUAGGCAGACUACGCGCUGCACUUUUCUAUUUUUCAAAAGUGAGUUGAGACCCGACAGUUCCUUAAAAAAAAAAA